AUGCGGACAAUUUCGUGUUUAGGAUCGAAUGAGGUAAGCCUGGGCUUGCUGGUUGCAGUGGUCAACCCGGAUGGCAGCCGCCCGGGAAUGAGCGACUGUGUGCCGUGGGUGAUUGACUUGAGUGUGCCGGGUGAGCGCGCGUGUUCGGCGGUGGUUUUGGUGCCUCAACAGCACUCGUGGAAGUUGGAGAUGGGCCAGCACAACGAGUUUGACUGGCUGAACGACGUGAGUCGUAUGCGUGUGUACGACACGCCGCGGCAGUGGGGAUCCCAGACGCCAUGGCAGUCGCCGGAGGUUGUGUCGACCGUGCUGGAAAUUGACUCGGAGACAGGGGCAGCAGAGACCGGAUCACCGGAGACUGCGCCCGAGACAGAGGACCCUCUGAUGGGUUUGAAAAAGGGGUUUAAGAUGGGUCGGAAGAUGGGUUCGAGCAAGUUCGUGCAGUCGACCAUAGUGACUGCUAUUGAACGUCGGUUGCAGGAGACGGGGUGUAUGACAGAGAGUACUAAGGCGGACAAGGUGUGGCUGGAGGUGUUCGGGCGAGGACGGGCGGCGCUGCAAUUGGUUGACACGGGAGCAGCCGUUGCAGAGAUAGUUUUCAGUCGCCGAGUGAAGGCGACGGAGUUGAAAGAAUUGUUACCGACGCUGCCAAAGGACUGGCAUGACUCAGUACGCACGGGAGCGCAGGUGGCAGAGCCGCUGGCACAGGCGGCACAGCCGCUGGCACAGCCGCUGGCACAGCGGUGGCCGGUGCUGUCGCCCAGAAGGCCGAGAGAGGUGGUGUAUUCGCGGCGUUGGGACGAGCCGGAAUGUUCAUGUUCGAAAGUGUUCCCAAAACUGUUGUUCAUGGCAGUGGUAACGGGGCUGGUAGUCGCGGCGGCGGUGUACGAAAAGCCCGCGCCGCCGAGACAGUUGGUUUCGUGGAGUCAGUUGCAGGCGCUCGCGACGAAUUGUACGGCGGUGGCGAGUCGCGAUGUCGAGCGCGUUGCGUUUUUGACACGAGGUAGGGGGUGGGAGGAUCCAUGCGAGGGUGCGAGUGGUAUGCUCACACUUACCAGAGGCCUGCCCAGACCUCACAUCAGGGGCUUUCAGUCGUGCUAUCGUUUCGGUGCACCCGACAGCUUCGACCUACAGGGCGUGCUCGAGUCCGCCCGGUUCCACCUUUCGGGGAUCGUGACCGCAGGACAGGUGACAUGCUUCACGGCCGCGGAUACGCAGCGGGCACUUGCCGACAGGAUUGCUCGAGAACUGAACGUGACCGCCAUCGAAAUGCCCUUAAACGACAGCGAGCAAAUGGCCGAGCAUCCUGCAGGUGGGAUGACCGAGCGUCCUGGACAUGGGAUGCCGGGCGUGGGAGUGGACCCGAUGGGAGUAGACUUGCUCGCUAACUACCCCGUCAACGAAGCCUGCAGCACUUCCUGCACCGGUAACUGUAACGCAACACUUCACGACCUAAACGACUGCUUCUGCGACUUCGCGAAACUCGACUGUCUCUACAACUACGGAACUCGUGAUGAGCAGGCUCACCAUGUCGGGCUGGCUGCCUUCAAGUCCACAUGGGGACACUUCAAGAAACACGUCACCGUCUUCAACCGACCUGGCUAUGUUGUGGACAGCUGCGAAGCCGUCUGUCACAAGACCAACCACAUCGAGCUCGACGAAGACACCCACCGAGGCUGA